AUGGGCGUGGUUGACUCGGAAGACAUCCCACUGAAUCUGAGCAGAGAGAUGCUCCAAAAUAACCCUGUUCUGAGGAAGUUGAAGAAGAUUCUCACCGACAAAAUACUGGCUUUUCUGCAUAAUGAGAUGAAGAAAGAUCACGAGAAAUACGAAGAGUUUUAUAAGCACUAUAAUAUUUAUUUCAAAGAAGGCAUUGUUACGGAGAUGGAGCACGGACAGAAGGAGGAAAUUGCAAAACUUUUGCUCUUUGAGUCUUCUAACCUGAAACCAGGUGUGCUGACUAAUCUCACCGAAUACUGUAAACGAAUGCAAGAAGAUCAAAAAGAGAUAUUCUACAUGU